ACUUGGGCAUGGUGGGGCGGUAUUCAAAUGACAUAGGGGACCCGCGUCAACAAUUAAUACUUGGGCAAGGUGGGGCGGUAUUCAAAUGACGUAGGGGACCCGCGUCAACAAUUAAUACUUGGGCAAGGUGGGGCGGUAUUCAAAUGACAUAGGGGACCCGCGGCUCCACAGAUCCGGACCCAUGUGCGUCGCGAGCCCUGGUGUGGGAGCACCUGCUGAAGCUACGCCACUGAUUGGAUCCAAGGCUCGAGACUUUAUUCAGCAAAGAUGUCCGGCAACAAUACUGGGAUGGAAGCAAAUUUUUCAUUAGAGGAAUUUUGCAGGAGAAAGUGGAAGAACCUCAGACACUUUUGUCAAGGAAAGAAACGAGUUGAGGAGUGGGGCAGGAGCAGUACAACACCGGUCAAGGAAAUAAACGAGUUGAGGAGUGGGGCAGGAGCAGUACAACACCGGUCAUGGAAAGAAACGAGUUGAGGAGUGGGGCAGGAGCAGUACAACACCGGUCAAGGAAAGAAACGAGUUGAGGAGUGGGGCAGGAGCAGUACAACACCGGUCAAGGAAAGAAACGAGUUCAGGAGAGGGGCAGGAGCAGUACAACACCGGUCAAGGAAAGAAACGAGUUGAGGAGUGGGGCAGGAGCAGUACAACACCGGUCAUGGAAAGAAACGAGUUGACGAGUGGGGCAGGAGCAGUACAACACCGGUCAAGGAAAGAAACGAGUUGAGGAGUGGGGCAGGAGCAGUACAACACCGGUCAUGGAAAGAAACGAGUUGAGGAGUGGGGCAGGAGCAGUACAACACCGGUCAAGGAAAGAAACGAGUUGAGGAGUGGGGCAGGAGCAGUACAACACCGGUCAUGGAAAGAAACGAGUUGACGAGUGGGGCAGGAGCAGUACAACACCGGUCAUGGAAAGAAACGAGUUGAGGAGUGGGGCAGGAGCAGUACAACACCGGUCAAGGAAAGAAACGAGUUGAGGAGUGGGGCAGGAGCAGUACAACACCGGUCAUGGAAAGAAACGAGUUGAGGAGAGGGGCAGGAGCAGUACAACACCGGUCAAGGAAAGAAACGAGUUGAGGAGUGGGGCAGGAGCAGUACAACACCGGUCAUGGCGCUUCAUGGCUGUCAUGAGUUUCCUCAACCCCUUUUUUGAGUCCCGCCACACCACGUCCAUCAUGACUGAAGGGGUAAGGGGAGCAACUGACAGCCAUGGAGCUCCAGGCGAAGGACGGAGAGAAGUAGCAGCAGCAGCAGGAGGAGGAGUAGCAGCAGCAGCAGGAGGAGGAGUAGCAGCAGGAGGAGGAGUAGCAGCAGCAGCAGGAGGAGGAGUAGCAGCAGCAGCAGGAGGAGGAGUAGCAGCAGGAGGAGGAGGAGUAGCAGCAGCAGCAGGAAGAGGAGGAGUAGCAGCAGGAGGAGGAGGAGUAGCAGCAGCAGGAGGAGGAGGAGGAGUAGCAGCAGCAGCAGGAGGAGGAGGAGGAGCAGCAGCAGUGGCAAGAAGAGGAGGAGGAGGAGUAGGAGCAGCGGCAGGAAGAGGAGGAGCAGUGGCAGGAAGAAGAGGAGGAGUAGCAGCAGCGGCAGGAAGAGGAGGAGGAGGAGCAACUGACAGCCAUGGCGCUCCAGGCGAAGGACGGAGAGAAGUAGCAGCAGCAGCAGCAGCAGCAGCAGGAGGAGGAGUAGCAGCAGCAGCAGCAGGAGGAGGAGUAGCAGCAGCAGCAGCAGGAGGAGGAGUAGUAGCAGCAGCAGCAGGAGGAGGAGUAGCAGGAGGAGGAGGAGCAGCAGCAGUGGCAAGAAGAGGAGGAGGAGGAGGAGUAGCAGCAGCGGCAGGUUGUUUCCAGGGAACAGCACCCUCCUUGGAGAAGUAGGAGGUGAAGGUGUCCCGAAAACGGAUGGUCUCCCGGGCAGCGUUGUUGGCCCCCGAAGGAUGGUCUCCCGGGCAGCGUUGUUGGCCCCCGACGGAUGGUCUCCCGGGCAGCGUUGUUGGCCCCCGAAGGAUGGUCUCCCGGGCAGCGUUGUUGGCCCCCGACGGAUGGUCUCCCGGGCAGCGUUGUUGGCCCCCGAAGGAUGGUCUCCCGGGCAGCGUUGUUGGCCCCCAACAGCUGGUCUCCCGGGCAGCGUUGUUGGCCCCCGAAGGAUGGUCUCCCGGGCAGCGUUGUUGGCCCCCAACAGAUGGUCUCCCGGGCAGCGUUGUUGGCCUCAUCCUGGCAACAUCCUUGAUUUGAUUUGAUUUUGAGCAGCAGACUUUUUCUCUGAAAUAUAAAAUAUAUCUUGAUUUGUUUAACAGGUGUGGAGUUGGUGUGUCCUUGCUUUUGACUGGUACUGUGUGCAUGAAAUGUACAGUAUGGAAAACAUGUCUAAGUCAGUGGAAUAAACCUUGUAAGUAUGGAACCUAGUAAUGAAUGGAUUGGCAAGACUUUGGUACUGUCAACCUUCGAAGGUUAGUAGGAAAGUUCAUAUUUAAACCACUUCAAUACAGUGCAUUCGGAAAGUUUUCAGACCACUUCUUUUUUUCCCACCUUUAUUUAACCAGGUUAGCUAGUUGAGAACACCUUUAUUUAACCAGGUUAGCUAGUUGAGAACACCUUUAUUUAACCAGGUUAGCUAGUUGAGAACACCUUUAUUUAACCAGGUUAGCUAGUUGAGAACACCUUUAUUUAACCAGGUUAGCUAGUUGAGAACACCUUUAUUUAACCAGGUUAGCUAGUUGAGAACACCUUUAUUUAACCAGGUUAGCUAGUUGAGAACACCUUUAUUUAACCAGGUUAGCUAGUUGAGAACACCUUUAUUUAACCAGGUUAGCUAGUUGAGAACACCUUUAUUUAACCAGGUUAGCUAGUUGAGAACACCUUUAUUUAACCAGGUUAGCUAGUUGAGAACACCUUUAUUUAACCAGGUUAGCUAGUUGAGAACACCUUUAUUUAACCAGGUUAGCUAGUUGAGAACACCUUUAUUUAACCAGGUUAGCUAGUUGAGAACACCUUUAUUUAACCAGGUUAGCUAGUUGAGAACACCUUUAUUUAACCAGGUUAGCUAGUUGAGAACACCUUUAUUUAACCAGGUUAGCUAGUUGAGAACACCUUUAUUUAACCAGGUUAGCUAGUUGAGAACACCUUUAUUUAACCAGGUUAGCUAGUUGAGAACAAGUUCUCAUUUGUAACUGCGACCUGGCCAAGAUAAAGCAUAGCAGUUUGAUACAAACAACAACAGAGUUACACAUGGAAUAAACAAAACAUACAGUCAAUAAUACAAUAGAAAAAAAGAGUGCAAAUUAGCUCAAAUAAGGGAGUUAAGGCAAUAAAUAGGCCAUGGUGGAAAAGUAAUUACAAUAUGGCAAUUAAACACUGGAAUGGUAGAUGUGCAGAAGAUGGAUGUGCAAGUGGAGAUACUGGGGAGCAAAGGAGCAAAAUAAAUAAAUACAGUAUGGGGAUGAGGUAGAUAGAUGGGCUGUAUACAGAUGGGCUAUGAACAGGUGCAGUGAUCUGAGCUGCUCUGACAGCUGGUUCUUAAAGAUAGUGAGGGAGAUGGGAAUCUCCAGCUUCAGUGAUUUUUGCAGUUCGUUCCAGUCAGUGGCAGCAGAGAACUGGAAGGAAAGGCGACCAAAGGAGGAAUUGGUUUUGGGGUUGACCGGUGAGAUAUACCUGCUGGAGUGCGUGCUGCUAUGGUGACCAGUGAGCUGAAAUAAGGCGGAGCUUUACCUAGCAGAGACUUGUAGAUAACAUGUAGCCAGUGGGUUUGGCGACGAGUAUGAAGCGAGGGCCAGCCAACGAGAGCGUAUAGGUCGCAGUGGUAAGUAGUGUUUGGGGCUUUAGUGGCAAAACGAUUGGCACUGUGAUAGACUUCAUCCAGUUUGCUGAGUAGAACAUCUUGGCCAUGUUCUGUUAUAAUCUCCACCUGGCACAGCCAGAAGAGGACUGGCCACCCCACAUAGCCUGGUUCCUCUCUAGGUUUCUUCCUAGGUUUUGGCCUUUCUAGGGAGUUUUUCCUAGCCACCGUGCUUCUACACCUGCAUUGCUUGCUGUUUGGGGUUUUAGGCUGGGUUUCUGUACAGCCCUUUGAGAUAUCAGCUGAUGUACGAAGGGCUAUAUAAAUAAAUUUGAUUUGAUUUAGAGUGUUGGAGGCUACUUUAUAGAUGACAUGGCCAAAGUUAAGGAUCGGUAGAAUAGACAGUUUUACGAGGGUAUGUUUGGCAGCAUGAGUGAAGGAAGCUUUGUUGCGAAAUAGGAAGCCGAUUCUAGAUUUAAUUUUGGAUUGGAGAUGCUUAAUGUGAGUCUGGAAGGAGUUCACAGUCUAGCCAGACACCUAGGUAUUUGUAGUUAUCCACCUAUUCUAAGUCAGAGCCGUCCAGAGUAGUGAUGCUGGAUGGGCGGGCAGGUGCGGGCAAUGAUCGGUUUAUUUGCGUUUAAGAGCGGUUGGAGGCCACGGAAGGAGUGUUGUAUGACAUUGAAGCUCGUCUGGAGGUUAGUUAACACAGUGUCCAAGGAGGGGCCAGAAGUAUACAGAAUGGUGGCGUCUGCGUAGAGGUGGAUCAGAGAAUCACCAGCAGCAAAAGCGACAUCAUUGAUUAUAUACAGAGAAGAGAGUCGGCCCGAGAAUUGAACCCUGUGGCACCCCCAUAGAGACUGCCAGAGGUCCGACCAACAGGCCCUCCGAUUUGACACACAGCUCUAUCAGAGAAGUAGUUGGUGAACCAGGCGAGGCAAUCAUUUGAGAAACCAAGGCUGUUGAGUCUGCCAAUAAGAAUGUGGUGAUUUGACAGAGUCGAAAGCCUUGGCCAGGUUGAUGAAUACAGCUGCACAGUAUUCGGUUAUGAUACCUUGAGCGUCGCUGAGGUGCACCCAUAUGACCAGCUCGGAAACCAGAUUGCAUAGCGGAGAAGGUACUAUGUGAUUCAAAAUGGUCAGUAAUCUGUUUGUUAACUUGGCUUUCAAAGACCUUAGAGAUGCAGGGUAGGAUAGAUAUAGGUCUGUAGCAGUUUGGGUCUGGAGUGUCACCCCCUUUGAAGAGGGGGAUGACCGCGGCAGCUUUCCAAUCUUUGGGAAUCUCAGACGAUACGAAAGAGAGGUUGAGCAGGCUAGUAAUAGGGCUUGUAACAAUUUCGGCAGAUAAUUUUAGAAAGAGAGGGUCCAGACUGUCUAGCCCGGCUGACUGCGUUCAUCCACCUCUGGCCUGCUCGCCUCCCUACCACUGAGGAAGUACAGUUCCCG